AUGCUAGAUCGACCCUGGAUCGGCCCCCAAGGUAGCUUCCAGGACGAAUCAGUCAACGAAUAUUUCGGAGAUGCCGAUUCAGACCUCCGAGAGUUUGAAGCUUCCAUAGCGAACAUCGAGGAAGAGGUUCUCCGGCUAGAGGGUUAUGACCCCACCGGCAGUCAGGAUUUCUCUACCUUAAUGCGGAGCAGAUCAUACUCUUCAACUUCUCGUGCAAGUGCCAGACAGCGUAUUGGACAGCAAAGACGUCACGGCCCUCACAGGGGUCCUCGCAAAGCUGCUGAACCAACUGGAGACAUCAAACUGCGACUGGGACAUGCUACCGAAGCUUUCAUCGCGGCAAGGUACGUUGACGCUGCACUCAUCAUUGCAGAUAUCAUUCGUAUCAAUGCAGAAACUCACGAGGCCUGGAGUCUUUUGCACUCUGUAUUUCGGGAGAAUAACGACAUCGACAACGCUUUGAAGGCAUUGAUAUACGCCGCGCAUCUCCGCCCAAAGCAUACCUCUUCUUGGUACCAAUGUGCGCAGUUUGCCCUUGAAGGAACCGGGUCACUGCGGUCGAAGUAUCUCUUGAACGCCGAAUUCUGCUACGCUGCUGCCAUACGGGCCGACCCCGCAAAUCUAGAUGCUCGACACCGCAAAGCUGCUGUUUGUAUAGAACGUGGGAAGAUCGGCCCCGCAAUCUCUGAUUACAAAGUGAUACUUUCACGUCAGCCACAUGACCGGGAUAUUCUUCGCCGCUUGGCUGAGCUUUACAUUGACCAAGACGAGGCCAGCACUGCUAUCGAUCUCUACAGAGAGAGCAUUACUCACUUCAAGUCAUCCUCAGGUCAACCGAGUCAGGUCUUCGACUGGACGGACCUCGACACAUAUGUCACACUUUACGAGCAUGAUGCGCGAUAUGAUAUUGCAAUACAGCAGCUUAGGUCUCUAGCUCGGUGGCUUUCCGGGCGAGGUGCGGAGGAGUUUUGGGAUGAGUUCCCGGACGACGAUCGUGAGUGGGACUCAGAUGACAAGAGAAGAACCUUGGUUUCUUCUUUCAAUCCAGAGAAGUAUCCAGUAGCCUCCUACGGGGGUGGUCUUCCUCUCGAAUUCAGAAUAAAAUUCGGCGUUUAUCGACUACAUCUUGGCAAUCGUGAAGAGGCAUUUCAUCACUUUGGGUGGCUCGUCGAGCCAGGCGGCACUGGAGAAGAUGCAGCAUCGCGGCACCCUCAUCUCUUUCGCCUUGUGGCAGACCACCUCUUCGAGACCAAUUUUUACAAGGAUGCAUUGAGCUACUACCAAAAGUUGAGGCAUCUGGCCGAUGAAAUUGAUGGGACCCUUCUGGUCCAGAUGGGGAAAUGCUUUCUUCAAGCACAGGAUGACCAACAGGCAGAGGUAUGCUUUCAGAGUGCAGUUGAGCUCGAUGGAGAGGAUAUUGAUCCUCGCAUCGAGCUAGCUCAUAUGUAUGAGAGAAUGGGCAAGCCAGAACAGGCCUUCCAUAACCUCAACGAGGCGAUGUUGUUAAGAAGGAGGCAAGACCACAGGAACUCUCGCAAGCCUUUUGAUGAACUUGAGAACAGAAACACCGAGGAAGCUCCUAUUGUAAUCAAGAAGCCAACGCGUCGCCGAUAUCGACCGAGACAACAAACACAGAAACGUCUCACGCAAGCUUCAGAGGCAGAACAUCUCCAAAGCCAGUACUUUGUCUUGCGAAAGACGUGUGAAGCAAUGAGGAGCGGUGAUGCAGCAUCAACUGAGGCAUGGAUGGAUGCAGCGAGAGAUUUGACGGACGACUUUAGGGGGUUCAAAAAAUUCUAUCCCUUAGACAAGUACAUCAGGUUUCUUGGCUAUUCUGGCGAUUCUCGCAUAGCGGCAGAGACACCCUUGGAUAUCGAUCUUACAGCUAUGGCUGAACGACUUUCACGAGGCUUGACUACCUCCGACGAAACGGUGACCCGGGCAGCUGAAAUUCCCGAUGACUAUCGUGGGAUCCCAUUCAGUACAUGGCUGGAUAUAUUCUUGGAGUACGCACUCCGUCUAGCAAGAAAUGGGGAGAAGGACGAGGCAUACAGUCUCUGCGAGGCUACAAAAGAUGCUAUCGUAUUCUACCACUCUCGUGAAGACAUGUUUCUGGUUCACGUUUGCUGGUGCGUAUGCGCUUUGUUGGCAAACGACGAAGAGACCUGUGUAUCCGUGGCACGGUUCUUCAUGAAAGAUUACCAGUUCGCUACGGACUCAUAUCGGAUGUUUGCCGCCGUAACGAAGGUGUGCCACUCUCCCAUCUCAUGGUACAGUUCGGGUCCCACACAGAAGUACGUCCUUCGACAGAUAAAGGCCAUGGAUUACUCGCUUGUUAAUGACUCCCAGCGCAAGAGAUACUUUUCAGAGAGGGGUUCGUACUCUGCUCGAGACGGAAAUGGACAUCCCAUUAUCAAUAAUGACUUGGACAUUGCCCUUCUUAUGUUGUAUGGUCAUAUUCUCUUCUCUGGCACAAGUUAUCUGUACGCCCUCAAUUAUUUCCUCCGCGCACAUGCCCUAGAUCCAGAAAAUCCCAUGAUCAAUCUCAGCACCGGCCUUGCUUAUGUACACCUUGCGCUUAAGAGACAGACUGACAACCGUCAACAAAAUAUCCUUCAAGGAAUAACAUUCCUAUUCCGUUACUACGAUUCCCGCAGGAAUUCAGUCCACACCGAGGAAAGACAAGAGGCACAUUUCAACAUGGCUCGCACAUACCACAUGCUUGGGCUAACACACCUCGCCAUCCCUUACUAUGAGAAGGUAUUUAACGAAUCGUCACGGGGUACAAGUGGUUUGGAACAAGAGGAUCUUAUUAUAGAUACUGCCUAUAACUUGCAAACACUUUACGCCACGGCUGGGAAUUCAGAGCUAGCUGAGGAUAUUACAAUAGAGUGGCUUGUGAUUUGA